AAUAAAACAAGGAGGGUAAAACAGCGACCGCUGCUGCUGUGAACAUCUGGCUGAACGGGGAUGCUUCAUGAAAAUGUUUAACUGUGUGUCCAACAGCGUGGUCAAUAAUCUGUGCUGGCACGUGCGCUGCCUCUCAUGCAGUGUGUGUAAGACUUCACUGGGCCGACACGUGAGCUGUUACAUCAGAGACAAAGAGAUUUUCUGCAAACUCGACUACUUCAGGGCAUCUGAUCUGAAAUGGGACCAGUCGUUUAAAAUAUCCUUUAAUCUUGUUUUUCUUAAAGAACAACCAAAUAAUGAAGAGAUGGCAGACAAAGAGGACCUUAGCAUUUUGCCCAAGCCAGCUAAGAGGGCCAGGACCAGCUUCACUGUGGACCAGUUACAGGUGAUGCAGACCCAGUUUGCUAAAGAUAACAACCCAGAUGCACAGACGCUGCAGAAGCUGGCAGAGAGAACUGGACUCAGCCGCAGGGUUAUUCAGGUUUGGUUUCAGAACUGCCGAGCUCGUCAAAAGAAGCACAUUAACCCAAAUCCUGCCCAGUCAACAAUGAUGACAUCACUUGCUCCUGGUCAGCUGUCUCCACCGUUGAUGGAUGAGCUCCAGUAUACCACCUAUAUUUCUCCAGAUGCACCUCUCCUCACCACACUGACCUAUAUGGAUGUGCAAACUCCAGACCCACUUCUGCUGCAGCCACACAUGUCCCAUUCACUGACACAACUGCCAGUCAGCCAUGCCUGAGCUUCAACCUGCUGCCUGAAAAAUAAAGCCACUGGUUCCUUCAUGGUUGGAUGAUGAGCAAAUAGAGAGUGAGAGGAGUUGGUUUAAAAUGAAUUCGUAAGGACU